AUGAACAAACCCCCGCAGACGCCGGCGCUGCCGCCGCCGCUACCACCACCGUCGCCAAUGCCGGACCUGUGCACCCUUGAUCGCGUGAACGGGAUAUUAAUUUUGGAAAAUCGUAUGUACAUUUCGUACAAGCGUUACGUUUGGUCGAUCGAUCUCAACGGUAGGACGUACAAUGGACCUCUAGCCCUUUCGAAUCACAUGAGUUUUCUUCACGACAAUUACACGCGCGUAACCACCGCCUGUCAAUCCCCGUCCGGUGAUCUCAUGGUGUUCGUAGAUAAUUUGGUAUACAUGGUUCAAUAUCCGGAAUUUACGCUUCGACCAAGUUGGCCGAGGACCUUGCAAAAACUCGGAUUUCCCGCACGAACGAUGAUCAACGGAGCGGUAAACACCCACAGAGGACGUUCUUUCGUGGUGUUCAACGGUAACUCGGUGGGCGAGAUAGACGAAUGCGACAAGAGAGUUGCCACAUUUACGCCUCUCGAAGCGACGUUUCCCGGAAUACCGACCGGCGUAACGUUGAUCUUCCGAUACGUCGACGGCAAUCUGUACUUCACCACUCGGACGCAGUUCUACAGAUUCAACGAAUUUACGAAAACCGUCACGGCUGCCGGUAAAUUCGAUCUACGGAUGUUGAAUAUCGUUUGUCCUAAAACCGAACUGUUGCAACAGUUGCGCAAUCUUCUCGAUCGAAUCGUACGCGUCGGCGAUUUAACGUCACCGGCGAGCUAUUCGGACGAUGACGACGAUUCGGGCGUUCAGCUUUCCGGUCGUCGUACCAACCGAAGGAAGUAG